CUGGGGAUUCAAGACAGCUGACACUGCUGCCAGCAUCAAUGAAUGCAGGUUGGAGAAUACUUGGCAAGAGCUUGGAAAGCUUCUCUUUUAUCUGAUCCAACAAGAGGAGUGUCUUUAAUUUUGGUGGCCUUAUUUUUCCCACCUUUUGACGUGACAUCCAGGAGACACAGGGUGAAAGAGGACACUGGGCCAGGACAAGCCUGGGAAAGUCAAUACCAGAACUCAGAAGGGAAUACUGUCUUGAUGGCUACAUGAGAAAUCUCCCUUCUCCUCACUGGCAUCUGCCCUCUGGAAGGAGCUCCAUGGCUUCCUUUCCUGUCUUGAAGCAAGAGACUUUGUUCCGGAACGGUACCUGGAGCUAUCGAAUCCCAGCCCUGCUCUACCUGCCACGUUUCAGCCUCCUCCUGGCAUUUGCUGAGGAACGGGAGGAUGUGGUGGACGAGCAUGCCAAGCUCAUAGCCAUGCGCAGAGCAGUGUAUGACCCAACAACGCACCGCGUUCAGUGGAACAGGACGGAGACCAUUGUCAGUGCGCAGCUGAAGGACCACCGAUCGAUGAAUCCCUGUCCUGUUUAUGAUGAGGUCUCGGGAAAACUGUUUCUGUUCUUCAUAGCUGUCCCAGGAAAGAUCUCUGAGCAGCAUCAGCUCAGGACAAAGAUCAACUUGGUACGUCUCUGCUAUGUCACUAGCGUGGACCAGGGACACACCUGGAGCAGUGCCCGGGAUGUCACCGAUGGUACCAUCAGCGCCGAGUACAAGAACUGGGCCACGUUUGCAGUGGGGCCAGGUCAUGGAUUACAGUUGCACAACGAGGCCCGGAGCCUUGUGAUUCCUGCCUAUGCCUACCGCAUCUUGGACCCUAAGAAACACCCCACCCCUCAUGCCUUCUGCUUCAUCAGCUCUGACCACGGGACAACAUGGGAGAUGGGGAACUUUGUGGAGGAGGAGAGUGCAGUGGAGUGCCAGGUGGCAGAGGUGCACAGCUGUGGCAGGAAGGUUCUCUACUGCAAUGCAAGGAGCAGCAGGGGAGCCAGAAUACAAGCGGUCAGCUACAACCAGGGAGUGGACUUUGAGGGGGGUCAGCGAGUUGAAAUGCUAGUAGAACCUCCCUCUGGAUGCCACGGCAGUGUUAUUGCCUUCCCACCUCCCCCUAAUGCCAGAUGCCAAGAUAGUUGGUUGCUCUACACUCAUCCUACAGACCCAAAACAUCGAAGAGAUUUAGGAGUUUACCUCAACAAAAGCCCUUUAAAUCCGGGACACUGGACAAACCCAAGCAUUCUCUUCAAGGGCCUCUGUGCCUAUUCAGAUCUGCAGUACAUGGGGGUUGGGCCAGAUGGGUCGCCCUUGUUCUCCUGCCUCUUCGAAUACGGCACCCACCAGCAAUGUGAAGAGAUGAUCUUUGCAAUGUUCACUUUGAAGCAAGCCUUUCCAUCAGAGUUCUGAGCUGAGCCUUUCCAUCAGCAGCCCUCAGAAAACUACCUUUGCUGAUCCUUCUUCUCACUGGCAUUUAGCAGCUUCCAGGAAAACAUUUUUGUUGCUCUGUAGUCCUCCUGUGCCCUUAACUUGACAUUUGCUUGUGGCAUCUGUAGAUUAUGAAGUCCAUUAAAUGUGCUAAAACCAAA